AGUAUGGAUUUUGUGUAUAGAGAAUAGUUUUCAUAAAUUAUCUUGUUUCCGGAUAUUUAAUAAGACUGGCAUUUUAAUAUUACUUCGCGCUCUGUUAGCAUAUGACGAACUUUCCAGUCGAUAUUAAAUAGACGCGACCCCAAGCGGGAAAACACCCUAAUUACUGUUUUAGAAAAUGGCGACUGGAGGACCCCGCGAUCGAUUGCUGCAACUAGAACGUAUUGAACGCGACAUAGCAUCGUCCAUACAGAGUGCAGGCUUAGCAUUACAAGAACUGUCGAAGGAGAAACCCAUCCCGAAACAGGUUGAGAGUCAUACGACACUGUUCCUCAAAACACUGCAGGAAGUGGAGACGGGUCUCACAUCCCAGAUCCAGUAUCUCACACAGGUGUCUACAGGCCAGCCACAUGAAGGAUCAUGUUACUCAGCUCAGAAAGAUUUACAGAUGGCGUACCACCGGCUGGAACAUGUGAAAAGUCGUUUGGCAGAGCUCGACAAGAUUCGCUUAGAACACUUGAGACAACAGGGACAGAUGAUCCGCAGCUAUUCGCUACCGGAAGUUCAACCUCAUUCUCAAUAACAACAAGUGAAUGGUUGAAACAAAGCAAUCGGAUUGGUCAGUAGGCCAACAUACAGUUGAAAGAAUGAAUCUCAUUGGUCAGUUUUCCAAUGUACAUUUAAAAGAAUCAGUUUGAUUGGUUAGUCUGCCAAUGUACAGUUGAAACUGCCAGUCUGAUUGGUCUCAGUCUGCCUACAUACAGUUGAAGAACCCAUCUGAUUGGUCAGUCUACCAAAGUACAAUUGAAACAAGUCAAUCUGAUUGGUUGAUUGGUUAGUCUACCAAAGACUUCUGGUGUCAUCUUGCAAGAUUGAAUGCCAUUGAUCAGUUUGCAAAAGAUUGCAGGGGAUGCAACAUUUAAAAAGGGUUUGACCAGUAUUCACGAAUGGAGUGACCCCAAUAAAAUGCCACCAGCUGUAUAAAAACUACACAGCAUGCAUUUUAUGUAUGACAGUCUUACCCAGAAAGACUUGGCCAAGCAAAAUAUUACUAAAGCAAUGAAUUCAUUGUAUUUAGUUGCAAACUGGAUUUUUCGAAGUACGUCGAAAAGGUGUGUGCGUAUCAGUUUGUGUGUGUGGGGUGGGGGAUGGGGUACGUUGGGCAUUGUGUGCGUGUUAAGAUCAUCAGCAACCUAUCCCUCCCUGGAUCCAUGCCUAGAAUGGAGCACCUGGUAUACUAUUACUACUACAGUCUGCCCCAUCAUUCUAUAAAACAGUUUUUUGUCAAUAAUUUCAGUUUGGUUUGGUGGAAGAAGAAAAGUAAGUGUUUUUGGAAAUAACACGAAAAUACUAAAAAAAAAUGGUUUGCAGUUUACAAAUCAUUCGGCUCAGAAAUAAAUAACUUGUAGUAAAUUUCAUAGUAUGAAAAAAGGCAUUCCCUGUGGGACGGACUAUAAUGGUAUUAACUAGAUAAUGGUAUAGUAUAAACCUGAUGUUACUGAUUACUUGCCUGGAGAAAGCUCCUGUUAGAAGGAUAUAGGAUAUCCGUACUGAGAGUGUAAUUUGUGAACAAAUAGGACGUAGAUAUUACACACAAGAUGCGACCCCCCCCCCCAAAAAAAAAAAAAAAAAAAAAAAAAAAAAGAAGAAGAAAAGGAGUUUGUUUUGUUUAACGACACAAAACUAAAGUCCUAAUUCAUCACCAUCAUACCCAAUUUUGUUUAUUUAUUAUUAUUAUUAUUAUAUAUGUUGGUUUUUUUUGCAGAUUAUAUAUCUUUAAUGAAAAACUGUGGACUUUAAACCUGAAAACUGUGAAUAUUAUGAUGAACUGUCACUCGGUAUGAACAACAGAUAUAAAUUUAGAUAUAAAAUACCGUAAAGCCUUCA